AUGGGCGUUGUGACCACGAUCGAGCAAGAAAACGUCAUUGGUAAACUUGGUGCUCUUUUGUUUGGAAGAAUGGAACAGCUUGUUGAGGAGACGUUGGUGGAGCCCAAUACUCCGUCCUUUGUUCUGCUGGACGGCAAACAAGACGACGUGAGUCAUCCUCAGUAG